AUGCCGGGCGACGAUUCAACCCAUGACCCCAACAGCGACUUGCAGAGUGUGAGAAGCCAUGGGACUACCAACAGUGGAGGUGCCUUGAGCGCCGCGGAAGAACAUGCUCGACUCAUGGAUCAGCGAAUUGCCGAACAGAAGCGCGCCCAAGCUGCCCAGCAAGAUCGAGACGCCAAGAAUAAUGCCCGUGGCAUGUCGCGGCCUGUUGCUCCGGGUGCCUACCAUGAGAGCAGUCAUAGUAGUAGCGGCCGCAACGAUUUAUCGCAAAUGGAACGAGAUAUUGCUUCCAAACAACAGGGACGGUUGGGUCCUGCUGCCGUCCGGCCAGGAGUUCAAUAUGUGAGUCACAAUCCCGCGAUGGACGCAAAGGGUAACAACAACAUCAAUCUGUCCACUUUGGAACGCGAUGUCAUGGCGAAACAGAGAGGAAGAAACCCCGCUUACGACAAUAAUGACCCCGCAAACUCGACUCCUGGAGCCCACCACGAAGGCGCGGCUGGAUUAUCGCAGAUGGAACGAGAUAUCCAGGCAAAACAGAGAUCUGCCGGCAGCAACAGGAGCAGAAGUCCCGUUCCUGGAGCUCAUCCUGUGGGACGCAGUGAAUUAUCCCAGCUCGAAAGGGAUGUUCAGGCCAAACAGAGGGUGGCUGGUCCUGGCCAAGCAGUUCCGGGUGCCCAGGCAGUCGGACGCAGUGAAUUAUCGCAGCUCGAACGGGAUGUUCAGUCAAAACAGAGGGCUGCCGGUCCUGGCCAUGCUGUGCCUGGUGCUCAGGCAGUGGGUCGAAACGAAUUAUCGCAGCUUGAACGGGAUGUGCAGUCGAAACAGAGGGCUGCCGGUGCUGGCCAGUUUGUUCCUGGUGCCCAUGCAGUGGGUCGUAAUGAAUUAUCUCAGCUCGAACGGGAUGUUCAGUCAAAACAGAGGGCUGCCGGUCCUGGCCAUGGUCUUCCUGGUGCCCAGGCAGUUGGACGAAAUGAACUAUCUCAGCUUGAACGUGAUGUACAGUCCAAGCAGAGGGCUGCUGGUCCCGGCCAUGCUGUUCCUGGUGCCCAGGCGGUGGGUCGUAAUGAAUUAUCCCAGCUUGAACGGGAUGUACAGUCGAAGCAAAGGGCCGCUGGUCCUGGCCAUGCUGUUCCUGGUGCCCAGGCAGUGGGUCGUAAUGAAUUAUCCCAGCUUGAACGGGAUGUACAGUCGAAGCAAAUGGCCGCUGGUCCUGGCCAUGCUGUUCCUGGUGCCCAGGCAGUUGGACAACGAGAACUUUCCCAACUUGAACAGGAUAUUGCUUCAAAACAGAGAGCUAGUGGUGGCGCUCCAGCAGCAAGUCCCGGAGCGCAUCCUUCUUCUGGCCAUGGAAUGUUGUCGCAAAUGGAAAGCGACAUUGCUGCCAAGCAAAGGGCUGGCGGAGGUCUUCCUAAUGCAUCGCGACCUGGAGCUCAAGCUGUUGGACAGCGAGAACUCUCUCAACUGGAACAAGAUAUUGCUGCCAAGCAGAGGGCGGCAAGUGGACCCACUCCGCAACCUGUAGGUCAACGAGAGCUCUCGCAACUUGAACAGGAUCUUGCUGCCAAACAGAGGGCAGCCGGUGACCGCAUAGCAGAGCAAGGACAGGCUGAACUUUCUCAGUUGGAAAGAGAUGUGCAGUCUAAACAAAAAAUGGCUGCAGGUCCUGGUACUGCUGUCCCCGGAGCAUAUAUGCACCACCACCAAGCAGCUUCUACACCCCGAAACACCGAGCUAAGCCAACUGGAAAACGAUGUUGCCGCGAAGAACCGGGCGAGACCUGUUGCGGUCGUAUCCCAUGAAAGUCACGCAGCUGCUCCUUCUGUACAAGCAGGCCACUCGCAGCUGAGUGGACUUGAAAACGAUAUCGCUGCCAAAAAUAGAGCCCGACCAGCUGGCGGUGCCGUCGGUGUAGGUGCUCACCCGUUGAGCUCGCUCGAACACGACGUUAUGGCGAAAAAUCAGGCUUUUUCAGGGCAUGGAGUUGCAACCGCAGGCGUCGUCGGACAUGCGCAGUUGAACACUUUGGAAGAAGAUGUCAUGGCCAAGAAUCGUGCUGCCGGUCGAAACAUGGAUAUUGCUGGUUCCGUCAAGAUAUCCACUCCAGGGCCUUUUCAUACUGGAGAGUUGAGUGACCUCGAACGCGAUGUCAUGGCCAAGAAUAUGGCGGGUGGCGGUAAUAGACAAGCCGCACUCACUUCAUUCGAACAGGAUGUCAUGGCCAAAAAUAAUUUCGGCACGCCGAUGCAAGCUCCUUUCGUGGCUGCUGGUGCAGGAGCACCAAUGAUGGCUGGAGAAGUCGAAUUGACUACUUUGGAGAAUGAUAUUGCUGCUAAGAAUCGGGCCACCCCGUCAACACUGAUGGCCGGAGGGCAACCAGGUUUCUCGCAUCACCAAAACGAACUUCACGCCCUAGAAGAUUCUAUUGCCCACAAGUCCUCCUACAUGCCCCAACCACCUCCAACGAUGGAACAAACGCCAUUAUACUCGGCCAUGGGUCAGACCAACGGUGAACAGGCCAUGUACGAAAUCUCGAGGUUGGAUGAACGGAUUGCGCAAAAAAGCGGGUACGGUGCUCAAUCCGACACUCACUAUCAACAACCCAGACAAGUGAUGGUCAAUGAUGGAGGGUAUAUGCAAAACAACGAAUACUACGAUCGAGGUGACGUGAUGUAUGAAGAUGACUACCCCAAAAUGGACGCAAGCAACAAGAACGACUGGGGUGUAGAACGGUUCCGCGAUGAUAAAGAUCAACAGCCCAUCGACGACAGGCCACCUGUACCAAGCGACGAGGGACUUCCCUACGGGUCACCCGGCGACAUGGAGUACGGGGAGAUGCAGGGAGAGUUGGCCAUUGCCACAGCUAUCGAAGAAGACGAAGAGGACAUGUUCAUUCCCGCGGCUGUCGAAUAUGACCCUGAUGCCAAACCACCAAUAUACAAGAAUCGACGCUUCCGACUGUAUGGAUUUGUGGGAAUCUGUUUUAUUGUGGCAGUUGUAGCGAUUUGUGUUGUUUUGACACAGAUUUCCGGUUCUGGCCCUAGCGGACCUACGAUGGCCCCGACGACUUUCCGAGAAUCUCUUGGCAUUGAAGAGCAGAUUGCUGAAGUUUUUGGAAGCGACUACUUUGAGGAUCCUUCCUCCAUUCGGAACAAAGCCUUGAACUGGCUCAUCAAUGUUGACUCCUACCAAAUUGAGCCGGAUGCGGAAAACUUGAUCCAGCGGUUUAUCAUGGUCUAUUUCUACUUUGAAACUUCGCAGGAGGGGCCUUGGGUUUCGUGUAAUCCCCCCGUCAAUGGGCAGCCAGACUAUUGCUACUACCGUUACCUGGUUGAUGCCUCAACUACACCCAUGCUUUACUCGGAGAUCUACUGGACGAGGUGGUUGACGGGGUCGCACGAAUGUGAUUGGGCGGGAUUAACGUGCCACUCGGACAAAGUGACAGACAUUAGUCUCGAUUCCUUUGAAAUGGGUGGUACAUUCCCGUUAGAGCUGGUGAAGCUUGAUUACCUGCGCGACCUUUCCAUUACACACAAUGCGUUUAAGGGAACAAUGCCAAAAGAACUAGCCGCAAUGAAGCACUUGACGGAUGUAGAAUUUCAAUGGAAUGAGUAUACUGGAACAAUCCCCUUUGAAUGGUUCGGAGCCAAGAAUCUCAUUCACGUCAACAUUGGACACAACAAAAUCACGGGGUUGUUGCCAACCGAACUUGGGUUGCUGACUGAUCUUCAGAGGCUUUAUAUACAAAACAACCGCAUUUCGGGUGAAAUGCCUUCGGAAAUGUUUCGAAUGACAAGUCUCAAAUGGGUCUUUUGGGGUGCCAACAGGUUCAAAGGUUCGAUCCCCACCGAACUUGGCCAGCUGACCAACCUCGAGUACCUUUAUUUGGAAGGCAAUGCUAUCACUGGGUCCAUUCCCUCGGAAAUUGGAUUCCUUUCCGAGCUGCGUGAAGUCAAUUUCCAUGAUACGUUAAUCUCUGGCACGAUCCCCGAAGAGUUCUACAAGGGUUGCAACGAAUGGCUGAACAGUUUCGAUGCCACGUCGGCCAUGUUGACGGGCACCAUCAGCACCAAUAUUGGUUACCUGUAUUCGGCGGACUGGUAUGUGGUGGGGGAUAAUCAACUGACGGGUACCAUCCCGACCGAAACCGGUUUGUUGACGGGUACGCAUCGAUUCUAUGCCGAUAACAACCGUUUGACGGGCACGGUUCCGAUGGAGUUGUGUCGAUUGCGUGGUGACCUAACCUUGCAGCAUGUGAGGGUCGAUUGUGCGACGGUUUCGACGGGUGACAUUCCAGUCUUUUGUCCCGCCGGCUGUUGCACCGAAUGCUGUAAUCAAGACACUGGAAUCUGUUUGCCGGCGCAAUAG